AUGGCCUUUUUGUCAGGACCUGUCAAAUCCAAGCUUUACAUUUCUUCUUCUUCUAUUGCAUCUCCAAAGUCACGAUAUGUGCAAAUCAUUGAGGACCAUCCCUUUAACCAUCGCAUUGAGCUUCUAUUUCCAACUCUUUUAUCGCCUCAGCAGGAAAACAAAUUUUUAAAAGAGACUUUUUAUUAUAAAGCUGAUAUUCCUUUGUCUUACUUUAUCGAACGUUCCUUUGUGCAAGAUUAUUUACAAAGAGGACGUGUUGUUGCCCAAAGUUUAGGUGAAGGCAUUGAUGUAUCAAAUGUUAUCGCACUUGAUGGAUUUGGGACCCUCAUUCUAAAUUUAACUAAAGAUACUUAUGAGCAGCUUGGAUUACCUGGGAAACCUGCAAAGUUUGGGCCGGAUAGGCAAAGAUUUGUCAUACAGAUUAAUUUACUUGAAAAAUCGAUGAUUCCCGGAAAGAAGGGCUUCGAACGUAUUAAAUGGUGUUUUAAUAAUACAUUGAGCGAUCCAUUUCCAUUUCUUAUUUCUUAUGUAGAUUCUGUAACGCAAGAAACACAGAAGAUAACAUUUCCGCCAACAUUUAAUGCCAAGAAACUUACAGUUGAAUUGAAAUUUGAGAAGUUGAAUAAUAUCAUUUUUCCAGAUAUGGAAGCCAUAAAGACCGCAUCUAAUGAAGACCAACGGAGGUCUGAUAUUGUAGAGAUUUAUGAUUGGUUCGGAAUGGCCUCACUUCAAGCGCAAAGGAUUAGAUCGCAAGAUAAAGUUGAUCCUUAUAUAUCUGUUUAUACACCUCCCGGUCCAUGCUUGAGCGGUAACGGAUCACUAUUAUGCUGUACUGGGUUUAUUCCUUCAUCAAUGAUUUUCGACCAAUUUAAAUCUUCAAAUAUUCCUUGGGUUGCUUUAAGUGUUUGGGGUUUUAAAGACUCACCAAUAUCAUGGAAGAAGCAUGAACAUGGCCAUUUUAUGAGUGGAGAAAAUCAUUAUAGUUUUUUAUUAUGGCCAGAUGGUGAAUAUAUUUUAUAUCAAGCACUUGGGGCUUAUGAUAGCUAUUC